UUUAUAUAGGUAAGGAAGUUGAGCCCAGGCCAUGGGCGUGGGUAGGGAAAGUGCUAGAGAUGCGAUCACUAGAUCCAUCAAUGAGCUUAACGGAAUUAAUGAGAUAUUGUCCUCAGACACAGACGAUCUUCACCAAAAUCAGUCCAUAGACACUGUGCUGAAGAGAGUGAGAAGGAAGAAAAGGCCAGGAAAUAAACUUAACCAUUCUGGAAACAUCUACAAUUGUAAGAAAAGCAACGACAUCUUCUUGAAGGAGCUAGCUUCUGAAUUAGGGAUUGAUCCAGAGUUACAAGACAUCACACCCUCUCACAAUUCUCCUCUCUCCUCCCUAUUCGGUGAUCCUGAUAAGAUGAAAAUCUGGUUGGUUUUUAUUGACUCAGCUGAGGAUGUUCAGGAUAAGAUGCUGUCUGUGGGUCCAGAGGCUGAAAGCAAGUCGAGGUACAAGAAGAUAUCCAAAUCAAUCCGAGCUGAGCUUGAAAACGUAUCUUGUAAAACGAUCAAACAGUUCGAGGAAGAUAUCUACAGUAUAGUUAGUGAUAUGGGGUACAACAGUGUAGCAGUAAUGUCUGCUGCUACUAAAGCUGACAGGAUGGCUAUAGUCGCUAUAUCCCAGUAUUCCCGGCUAAAGUGCACCUCUCAUCUUCCUAUCAAUGUGGUCGAGGUUGAGUUAAAACGGAAACAUUUCACAAAGCCAAGUGUGCCACUUUCCAAGCUCCUACUUCUUCGUCACUAAUCAAUGUAUUAAAUAAUCAUAUACGAUAUAUUAUCAGAACUCAGUUUUAAAAUACAAAAUUGUCCAUUUAUUUUCCACAGCUAAAGUUUUGAGGUAUUCAUGAAAUUCAAUUUUUCUGUUUUCUGGGAAUUUAAAUUCUAGAUAAAACAUAACAUUUAAUCUUUUCGGGGGUUGCAAAUUACUUCAAUUUUUCAUCUUUUAUCUUUUCUGAUAUCGUUUUAGGAUCGGAUGUUUAGACUAUAGCGUAGUUAAUAGUUUGAUUUUUACCAGUCUUUUUUUGAUUGUGGAAUGGUGUAUAUAAAAGUAUGAUAUAAUACUCAAUUAGUAUGUAAUAGUAAUUUCAUUGUAAUUUUGAAACUAAAAAGUA